AUGCUUCGUCAACAAGUUCGCGCGUUCCACGCAUCCAGCAAGAGAAUGAAUUUUUCCAAGAUGACAAUCGUGGGCCGCAUAGGUUCCGAUUUCACAGAAUACACUUCCAGCAACAACAACAAGUACUUGAAAUAUAGUAUUGCGUCGCAGCCUAGAAGGGACGGACCUACCAAUUGGUUCAACAUCACUGUCUUCAGUGACCCCCAGAUGAACUUUCUUACUCAAUACGUUAGAAAGGGCGCCCUAGUUUACGUCGAGGCAGACGCCGCGAAUUACUCGUUCGAGAGAGAAGAUGGUUCCAAGGGUACAUCUUUGAGUUUGGUGCAAAGUAUGUAA